AUGGUUCUCAAUAACAACGCAACAAACAAUUCAAAACAAACAAGUCCACUCUGUACGAACGGUAUGAUGAAUGUUUUGACAAGUGGCAGUGCUUCAACACCGAACACCCAUGCUACCCCGCAUGCAAGCCACAACACUCACCAUCAUCAUCAUUCUGGAAAUUCUUCACCAUUCGAACAUCAACCCUCUCAACCACAACAACAUUUCAAUUCUCGGUUCAUGCCAAGUCUCAUCCACCCAAUGCCUCAUCCACAACAACAACAUUUCACAAACAACAACAACAACCAUCACAUGGGUUCUAUAAACAAUUCCUUUGAUUUCACACAAAGAAGGCCUUCCAUUUCCUCAAACAGCUCAACACCUUCCAACUCUGUCAACAAAAGUUUGACCAAUAACAACCAUUUGUUUUCCCAUCCCUCAGCACCACCACCACCCAACACUCAACAAAUGCAUCACCAUCCCAUUAGCAACACCUCCAACAACAACAACAACAACUCGACCAAUAAGACAAAUUCAAUGGUUUUGACAGCAACAACCACUUUAUGUAACAAUAGUGUUCCACCCUCUUGUUCAAACAACAUUGUGUCCUCCUCAACCACUCCUUUGCAACUUUUGAACCAUUUGGACCGACAAACUGUGGCUCUCUUACAAUUGGUUCUCAAUUCAUCCUCUUCCUCCAAUAACAAUAAUGAUAACAAUGGAAAUUUGACGAACAACAUUAACACCACCACCACCACCAAUACUAUUACCAACAACAACACUGCAACAACACAACGGUUGAACACUUCUCAAAGUGGUACCACUCCAAAUCCUACUACUAGUCGGAGAGAAUCACCACCGUCGUCAUCUCUUUUGCUGCUCCCACCCAACACCAGCCAGUGUUCUCAAAUGACAAAUAUGGUCUAUAUGAACAAUUCUGGCAGAAAUCAACACGACGACCACAGAGAAUGUACUUCCUACACGGCCAUGCUCAUCGACAAUGAUCACCACCAUGAGAAUGGAAACCCCAAUUCAUGCAUGGAUGAACCUCUGCAACAACAACACAAUGAUUCUUCUGAUCACCACCACCACCACCACCACCACCACCAUCAACAAACAUCUUGUGCUUUCACAAGUGGACCUCUCUCUUCCACGUCUCUAGCAACAACAACAACAGCUCGUUCCUCAUCAUCAGUUUCGUCUUCAUCGAGUUCCGAUUCUUAUUCACACCCAACAUCAACAACAACAACUCUUCAACAUCAUCAAAAAGAUGAAAACGAUGCAUCGUACACAAUGGAGGAAAAAGCACCAUUGAGUCCAAUCUCCAAUUCGUUUUUCCUCCUCUCAGAUGAUGCAGUUUUACCACUCAUAGCAAAUUCGAGCGAAAAUGCGAAUGGGAUAACGAGAGAAACUUGUGCACUGGAUGGUGAUCAAGUCGUGGACUUGCAAGUUGAAGGUGAUCCAUUCUCCUCUUCCUUUCAUGAAAGAAACGAGACUGUGACGAACAAGAUGGCGACGGCUCACAUGACACCAAAUAUUAAACACCCGCACCAAGAAAAACAAGAAUACGAGGAAGAAUCUUGCUCCCAUAAUAAGCAAGUAACAGAGACAAAAACUUCAAGUCGUCGACAAUUAUCGAAAAGAAAAACUCCAAGCAGUACGACAGUAGAGAAAAAACAAACACGAAGAAGCAACAUGAACGUGACGAACUCUUCAUCGUCCUCGUCCUCAUCCUCAUCCUUCUCUGCCAAUGCAACCCAUUCAGAGGAAUCUUCUCACCAACAUGUUCAACAUCAUUCGAAUGAAGAACAACCAACAACAACUGACCAUACAACUCCAAAAAAGAAGAGAACCAUUCGUGAUCGUUUGAUAUGGGGUGAAGAUUUACAUGCAAAAUUCGUCCGAGUGGUUCAUGAAUUGGGUGUGAAUGAGGCUCGACCCAAGGAAAUUAAAAAGUUGAUGAAUGACGAUCGAGUGAAUACCACACACAUCAAAUCACAUUUACAAAAGUAUCGAACCCAUCUGAAGAAGAAACAACAACAACAACUCGAACAUCAACUUGGCGAAAAUUUAGGUACGGGUGGUCUCGAAACAAGUGCCAGUGGCCACUCAUCAUCCGCAUUGAAUGAAGUCUCAAAGAGAAGUCAUGGAAGCAUCUCGUCCUCUUCCUCUUUGAAAAGAAAAAAGCUCAAAACAGAAUCUUCUUCCUCAUCAUCGUUGUCGUCUGGGAUUCAAGUCGCGAGUAGUGCUGGUGCUGGUGCUGGUGGUAGUGGCAGUAGCAUUGAAGAACAUGUCAUAAUGCAGCAGCAUUCAGAGACAUUGAAUCACACAUCGUCCAAGAAAAGGUCACCUCUUGCACACAGCGCUUCUCAAGAUAGUUUUUCAAAGAAUGCAAAAGAGAAUCACAUGUUGAGAGUGUCGUCAUCGUCAUCCAUGAAUAGUGGUAGCCAUUCCAUGAAUGUUACAUGUACGAGUGGAAUGACCCCUCCAUUAUCUUCAAACAACAACAACACGAGCAAUAACAAUCACUCAUCUCUUCUUUCAGCAGAUCCAUCUUCAAGUCUAUUACAUGCAUUGACUCAACAACAACAACAACCACAAACGAACAAUGACUUGGCAUCUCUCACGAUGGAACAGUUACUCAAUGUUUAUCAUUCAAGUUUUCAACAACAACCUGAGCUUGACACGACACAAACCAAUGCCUCCUUUGUUAAUACUCACCAGCCUGCAACAGGUUCGACAUCUCCUACCUCUCACAUGGCACUUUUAAAUUUACCAAAUCCUUUUCAAACGAACGUGUCACUCUCUCCGACGGCAGCAACAACAUCGACCACCGCCAUGCAUUCUACACAACAACAACAACCCUACAUGAAUCGAGGUAAUACCAAUAGAGGAACGAUGAAUGGAACGACCUCUGUAAACGCCAUGAACAAUGCAUCUCAACCUAACAUGAUGCUUUUGGUGAAUCAAAUGACACUUCAACAACCACAGAUGAGUUCAAUGACACAACCAUUUGGGGCGACAGGCAGUUUGAAUUUAAUGCAAGGAUCAAAUUUUAAUCACAAAUACCAAAUGCCAACUAAUAAUCAUACAGUGGUUCCAAAUGCAACAACAACAACAACAACACCUUCUACCACUACUGCAAGCAACAACACUACGACGAGUACAACAAACUUUAUGGACAUGACUUCAUCUGUCUCAACAACCAACGGAUACCACAUGGGUUUAACUUCACUACCAGACUAUAUGGCCAUGCUAAGAAAUAUCUGCAAAUCUGACGAUGAUAUUGCUGAACUUUUCCAAAACAUUCAACUUCAACUUCAAGAGCAAAAAGAUUUAAAUUUUGUGAUUGAGGGUUUCAGACUGGGAUUUUUAUGUGGUUUACGCACUCUAGAUAAAAACAAACAAACAACACAAAUGUAA